GUUUGAGCAAACUUUUCUGAUUCUGUGCAGCAGGUCUUGAAGUGAGGAUGGGGCACACUUUGCUUUGCAGGCUGGGCUUCUUCUUGAUUUGCACACUCUGCUGUGGAUAUGCUGAAGAACAUGAAAGCAAAGCCACUCUGACAGCGAAUAUAACAGAAAUACCAGCAGGAAGCAGUGCGAAGCUGACAUGUUCUGUGGACAAACCUGCUGGAUUAAAAUAUGAGCUUUUCAAACGGACCUCCUCCACAGAUCAGACUAAGUUAGAAGAACAACCUGAUGGACGUUUCAGAGUCUCAGAAGGAGGCAUCUACACCUGCAGAGGAUAUGAAACAGAAAGAUACACCACAACUUCUCUGAGUAAUGAAGUUGUUAUUUAUGCAACUGUGUCUAAGCCAACUGUGACCCUUCAACCCAACUGGUACCAGAUAUUCAAAGGAGAGAAAGUCACUCUGAGAUGUGAGAUCCAUGGAGGUGGAGGAGCUCAGUGGACGUAUGAAUGGAGACCAACCAGCAGAAACUCUCCAACAUCCAGUGAAUACAGGAUCACUGCAGCUACUGAAUCCUACAGUGGAGAAUAUAGAUGCAGGGCUAGAAGAGACUAUCAGGUGACAGACUGGAGCAAUGCCUUCAGUAUGACAGUGGAAGAUAAACCCACACCCUCACUGAAAGCAGGUGAUGAAAUAAUACCACUAGGGGGCAGUGUAACACUGACCUGCUCUGUGUUCAACUCUACUGGCUGGAAGUUUGACUGGUUCAGACAGAAGUCAGAGUCUUCUGGAGCUCAGCUCAUCAGAAACAAUGAACCAAAUGGAGUCAUCAGCAUCUCAGAGGGAGGUCUAUACAGCUGCAGAGGAAGAAGAGGAGAUCCAGCUUUCUACACUAAAACCAGCAGUAAGGUCAUCAUCUAUAAAACUGUCUCUGAGCCAACUGUGACCCUUCAGCCCAACUGGUCCCACAUAUUCAGAGGAGAGAAAGUCACUCUGAGAUGUGAGAUCCAUGGAGGUGGAGGAGCUCAGUGGACGUAUGAAUGGAGACCAACCAGCAGAAACUCUCCAACAUCCAGUAAAUACAGGAUCACUGCAGCUACUGAAUCCGACAGUGGAGAAUAUAGAUGCAGCGCUAGAGGAGACUACCAGAUAACAGCCUGGAGUGAUGCCUUCAGUUUGACGGUGAGAGCAGAUAAACCCACAGCCUCACUGACAGCAGAUCAGGAAAUAAUACCACUAAGGGGCAGUGUAACACUGACCUGCUCUGUGUCCAGCUCUACUGGCUGGAAGUUUGACUGGUUCAGACAGAAGUCAGAGUCUUCUGGAGCUCAGCCCAUCAGAAACAAUAAACCAGAUGGAGUCAUCCGGAUCUCAGAGGGAGGUCUAUACAGCUGCAGAGGAGGAAGAGGAGAUCCAGUUUUCUACACUGAAAACAGCAACAAGGUCACAAUCUAUAAAACUGUUCCUAUUAUACCCAAUGUGAUCCUUCAACCCAACUGGCCUCAGAUAUUCAGAGGAGAGAAAGUCACUCUGAGAUGUGAGAUCCAUGGAGGUGGAGGAGCUCAGUGGACGUAUGAAUGGAGUUCAACCAACAGAAACUCUCCAACAUCCAGUGAAUACAGGAUCACUGCAGCUGAUAGUGGAGAAUAUAGAUGCAGAGGAAGAACAGAUGUCUUUACAAUAACAGAGUGGGGAGUCCUUAGGUUAGCUGUGUCAGGUGAGUUUUUUUUUAUCUUUCCCCCAUGUUUGAAUUUUCUUAGGGAUUUUAACAUAUUUUGUAUAAAAGUAACAUAUUUUCCUAAAGACUCUUCUAUAGGUGAAAAUAAGCUAAUUGUUAAUAAAACAUGACACUCAUUGCUCAUC